CAGGUCGUUCAGGACUUGCUGCCUCUUAUCUUUCAGUUAAAGCGCUGGUCCCUCAGAUGCCCAAACUGCUCAAGUCUCUGUUUCCAGCACGGGACGAGAAGAAGGAGCUGAGACCUUCACCGCCCAGCCAGCAGCACGUUCCUCGCAUCAUCACGUCUGGAGGAGACGACAACAGAGUCAAGACUGACACGACUGCUCAUCUGCGGCCGCCGACCAAAGACAGACGGUCAGAGUUCCCAGAGGUCCCUCCUCUUCCUGUGCAUGACCCGCAUGACAUCACCCCCCUCAGCCCCCUCAGCCAGUCGUCGAGCGGCUACUUCUCCAGUAGUGUUUCUACAGUCACUCUGUCCGACGUCUCCAACCCUCCUCGGCACCAAGAUGGCCGUCGUCGCUCCCUCCCCUCAACAGCUCGGCCAAUCACAACGACCUCACUGCUGAAAACAACGUCUCUGAACACAAGCGAGGAGGAGGAGGAGGAGGAGGAGGAGGAGGAGGCGGCGGGCGGCGGCUUUGAGAGGCUGGAGAUCUUUGUGGACGAUGAAGAGCGUAGCCAAGACAGCGCACUCCCUGAUUGGCUGACGGACGGGGCUUAUGUGACAGUAGGAAGCAAUAAGGCGGGGACAGUGCGCUACAUGGGAUCCACACAGUUUGCUGAAGGAGUGUGGGUGGGGGUGGAGCUGGACACACCUGUAGGUAAGAACGACGGCUCAGUCGGAGGUCACAGGUAUUUCCACUGUAAACCGGGUUAUGGAGUCCUGGUUCGCCCAGACCGUGUGUCCUGCCGUGAUCAGACCGGCCGGCGCACGGAGACUUCUCCGCUCCAGCUCACGUCCCCGUUUGCGAGGAGAAGCCAUCAUCGCCCGCCGGGGGGGGAGAACCGCAAGUCCUGGAGCAGUUGA